CAGCGACCGGCCGGGCCGGGCCGGGCACCGCCGCCCUGCAGGGCAGCCCCGCCGCCGCUCCCGCCUCCUCCGCCUCUUCCUCCUCCUCCUCGUCGCCGCCGCAGCAGCAGCUGACGCUGCUCGUGAUGCAGCCGGGCGGCGGCGAGGAGGCGGCGGCCGGGGCGGCGGGGGUGGUGCUGCAGCCGAGCGCUGACCCGCAGCUGCCGCCCUCCGCUAGCGGCGGCCUGAUGGUGUUCUACGAGCUGGGGGCCGCCGGCGAGGUCGAGGUGGGGGAGGAGGAGGUCGAGGCGGCGGGCGGCGAGAGCACGGCCAGCCUGGAGGAGCUGGAGGAGGAGGAGGCGGCGGCGCCGGGGGCCGCGGGCGGCGAGGCGGCGGCGGGCGGCGAGUGCAAGAGCUGCACGUACGAGGGCUGCAGCGAGACCACCACGCAGGUGGUGAAGCAGCGCAAGCCCUGGAUGUGCAAGCGGCACCGCAACAAGAUCUACAAGGACAAGUACAAGCGCAAGAAGAGCGACCAGGCGCUGGGGGGCGGCGCGGCGGCGGCCGCGGGGGGCGGCCCGCGGGCCGAGGAUAGUGUUGAAGGUUCAGUAUCUGUCACAAAGCAGAGAACAGGAUCCAUUGGAGAUCGCCCAGCAAGACCUACUCUUUUAGAACAAGUAUUGAAUAAGAAGAGGCUGUCCCUACUCAGAAGCCCAGAAGUAGUGCAGUUUCUACAGAAACAACAGCAACUGUUAAGUCAACAAGCUUUGGAACAAAGACAGCAACAGUUUCAAGGAGCACCUGGGUAAUGAGGAAAGAACAAUGAUCUGCAGUCUGGUGCUGAAGGAGGGACACAGGAUCUGUAUUUUGUAUAAAUACAAAGGAUGUCAGUGUUUAAACAAAAAUGGAAGUUGCUGUUGUUA